AUGACAAAACCAAAGAAAGAUCGGUUAGCACUGACCCUUUUCACCGAUUUGCAGAGGAUACUGUUUUCAACUGGCAAAAUCAAUGAAACAAGUGAAAUUAUGACUGGAGAUACAGUAAUCAUUUAUGAAACAGUGAUGCAUCAUGUUGAGGGGGUGAUUACACACAUCUCUGUUUCGGAACAGGAAAAGCAUGUGCUUUUAGUAAAAGGAAUCUCACACUCUAAUCAAUUAUUCUAUCUCAAAAUUCACCAUAUUCCAAUCAAAGUUGAUAGACCUCAAUGUUUUUCUCUUUAUAUCAAUAAUGCAGCUUCUUGUAUUAUUUAUCGUAAUAACCAACAACUUGGAAUAUUUAACAAUAUUGAAGUGUCAUUGUGUGGAACAAGUCUUUCGCAUAUUGAUUUUCUUUCAAUAGAUCAUAAGAAAAGAGUGAUCAUGGAUAUUCUUUGUGAGCUGGAGUACAUACACUCUCAGAGAAUUAUUCACAACGACAUCAAGUUGGACAAUAUUGUUCUUUAUGAGGCAGAGCGAGAGGUUCAGUAUGCAAAACUUAUUGAUUUUGAGUGCUCUAAGCGAUUUAGAAAAUACGAUACGGAUCAAGAAGUCUGUUAUUCCAUUGGUGAUGCAGUAUUGUUUUCUGGAUCAGGAACACCAGGCUACUUUCCUCCAGAAAAACUAGCUGUCAGCGACACUGAAGAUGAUAAAAUAGAUAUUGCCCAUUCCUUAACACCAAAAUCAGACAUUUACUCGUUGGGUAUUGUAUGCCUUGAAAUUAUACUUGGAAACCAUAUAAGAACAGAAAAGGAGGUCAAAGAAGCAUUGAUAGAAGUAGGAAAGGGUGAAAUGAAAAACAUGUUGAAAGUUUUGGAACUAAUGAUUCAUCCAAAGAAGCAACAACGCCCAAGUGCAACCACUAUCAUUCAUUCACUUGGAAAAGUGUGGGGAAAUUUAGAACAAGAGGGGAGAAAAAAAGCAAAAACUGAGUUGACCAGCAACUUUUGGGACUUGUUUGGCGAACCAGAAACACCUUACAGCGAGCCGAAUGAACACUUGAUACAACUAGAGAACGACGGAGAAUUAGAGCUUACAAAGGAUGAGCUAUCAGAAGAAGAACAAUAUUCUCAUCUCAAAAGAGGCCGUGAUGUUGCGAAUAUUGAUUCCAACACAUUGCCAAGAGACUCAAAGAAGAACAAACCAUGA